AUGGUAAAGGUUAGCGCUGCCGAGCUCAGAGCUGCGCGAGAAGCAGUUAGCCAGGCGACCUACGACCUUGAUGCCCCGCCUACGUCCAGCACAGCGUCCAAGCGCACUCAAGGACCAUCCCUUCCUCCCGGAAAAGCGAUUGGCCCUUCACUGCCUUCGGCCUCGGACCUCACGCUUCAGCGAGAAGAAGCUGUCGAAUCAGCCAGGGGAGAGCGCCGUACAGCCAACAAGCGGGCUCGAGAGAGACUCGAAGAUGAAGAUGGUGGCAUUGGACCAAAGGCGGUUGGCCGAGAAGGCAUGAUGGAGAAAAAACGGGCCCGGCGGGAGGAUGACAAAGCUAUGCGGGAUAGAAAAGAAGAGGGCGGAUUGGAAGUAGGCGAGGAUGUGCUGAUGGGGGCCGGGAAUAGUGAUAGCUUCCAAGCUGCUAUUGCAAGGCGAGACGCCGCAAGAGCUCGGUGGGCAGAGAAAAAAGCGACUUCUGGAAACGGGAAUGGAUCGUCAAAUGAUAGACUAGAAGCAAUGAAAGCACGCGAGGCUGAGACUAUGGCUAUGUUCCGUAACAUGGCCAAGGAGCGCUUUGGGUAA